GCUGAGUGGGCGGGGCGAUGACGCACUUCCUUUGGCGCGCUUGUGGUACAAUUCAAAGAUUCGGAGUCAACCGUUAGCGCGUUAACAACAACUUAGAGCACCUCAGCUUUUAGUCGUAUAUAAAGCACUGAUAUGUGCUGAAGUUAUCGGCUCUGUAACAACAUGUCGUGGGAUUUCGUGGUGCCUGUGACUCUGGAUGAUCUGCUGAAAUCCGGAGCCAUCAAUCAGUAUGUGGUCCAGAGCGUGCAGUCACCUAAACAGCUGCCCUCCCACCUCCACAGCCUUAAAGCUGCUUUGCGAAGUCAGGGCCCGCUGUGCAUCUUGGAACAUUUCGACACAGCAUACAGCGUCCUGCAGAAUUUUCGCACAGUGGAUGUGACUUUGAAAGAGGACACGCUGGAGCUUCUCAUACAAGUGGUCCAGGGCCUGUCCAUUUCCUUGCCGCCCCUCCUCCUGUCUGGGUCUUUGUCAGCAGCAGACCGCAAAGAGCAGCUCAAUGCGGUCAAGAUGAGCGUCUUUCUGCUCUGCAAACUCACUGAAUAUCUGGAGAGUGACUCCUACAGGGAGAGUGUUGUCACUGCACCCAAGGGCCGUAAAAAGGAGAAGCCUUGUGGUAAGGGCUUGCUGCAUUGGGACAGUGAGCGUGAGACGGUGUUGCAGUGUCUGACCCAGUUGCUCCAACUGGAUAUCCGCUCUCUGUGGAGCCUUUCUCUGGUUGAGGAAGAAUUUGUUAGCUGUGUGACGUGUUGUUGCUAUAAGUUGUUGGAGAAUCCCACGAUCAGUCACAUGAAGAGUAAACCCACACGUGAUGCUAUCAUCCAUGUGCUGGGACUGAUGGUGAAGAAAUACAACCACAUGCUCGGAGCAUGUGUGAAGGUGAUUCAGCUGCUGCAGCACUUUGAGCAGCUCUCUUCAGUGUGUGCACAGGCAGUGGCAGCCUGGAGCUCAGAGUAUGGAGUCAAAGCAAUUGUAGGAGAGAUCAUGAGAGAGAUCGGGCAGAAGUCCAGUGAUGAGUUGGCUAGAGAGGGAUCAGGUGUGAAGGCCUUCUCUAGCUUUUUGUCUGAACUCAGUACCCUGGUUCCUGAAGCCAUGAUCCCUAAUAUCAGUGUGCUUCUCACACAUCUGGAUGGAGAGAGUUCCAGUAUGCGUGUGGCGGUGUGUGAGGUGUUGGGGGAGGUGCUGGUACGUGUGUUAAGUGGUGAUAAAUUAGACGAUUCUGGUCGAGCAGAUCGAGACCGUUUCCUCGACACUCUCCAGGAACACAUCCAUGACACACAUUCCCACGUCAGAGCUCGGGUGCUUCAAGUGUAUACUCGCAUUGUGAACAGCAAGGCUUUGCCAUUAUGUAGAUACACUGAAGUGAUGGAAUUGGCAGUUGGUCGUCUUGGUGAUAAAUCAGUCCAUGUGUGUAAGAGUGCCAUCCAACUUGUGGCUGCUUUCAUCGCCCAUAAUCCCUACAGCUGCAAGCUGAGCAGUGUGGACUUAAAGAAACCUCUGGAAAAAGAGACAGCCAAGCUCAAAGAGAUGAGAGAGAACAUGAGGGAGAAAGCACCAGUCCCAGUUAUCUCGGCGUCGGAUCUGUGGGCUGCAAUGGAGCCGGAGGUGUCGCACACGGUCAGAGCUCAUCUGGAAGCUAGCAGUGACCCAGAGAUGGAGGAAGAGGAUGAAGAGAAAGAAAGCGAACAUGGCAGCACUGACAGAGACACUGCUGUCCGAAUUGCUCAGUACCUCAGACACAACAAAUACAGGCAAGCAGUGCGGCUGUGUGUGCAAGCUCACACUCUUUACCCAGAGUCUCCAUUCUUCUCUGCUCUGUCCGACAUGAAUGCAGACACACUGAUUAGCACACUGGCUUCACUUUUUAAAGGCCCUGAGGAAGAACAGGCUUCAGAUAUGGGAGCGAGGGAGCAGCCCCCCACACCACAGAAGGAAAGAGAAGGAGAGAGUGAUGAGAAGGAGAGUGAGCUGAAGAAGCAGGAGAUGUUGGUUCAGUACCUGAAAGACACAGAGAGCUUUGCCCUGCAGGUUGAGAGAGCCAUUGCGAUCAUUAACAACAUGCUGUACUGGAAAACCACUACAGUGGUUCAGGAGGCAGUACAGUUCUGUGUGACCGCAUGUGAGUUCAGCGUGGCAGACUCGGUGUGUGGGGUGAGGAAGAUGCUGCCACUGGUCUGGUCCUCCGAUGCUGCAGUCAAAGAUGCUGUCAUACAGGCAUACAGACGCCUCUACCUCAACCCUCAGGGAGACAGCACCAGAACCAAGGCCCAAACUCUUGUGGACAGUCUGUGUGAGUUGAUGGUUGAUGCCUCACUGGGAACCAUUCAGUGUUUGGAGGAGAUAGUGCAGGAGUUUUUCAGCACAGAGAGUGCUCUGCAGGCGUCUGUGGUGCAGGUGCUGUGGGAAAGAUUCUCAGGAAAGAGAGAGACCUCGGCACUGCGCAGGAGAGCUGCAGUACUGCUGCUUGGCAUGGCCGCACGAGCUGAGAGGGAAGUUGUACUCGGUAAUCUGGACACACUCUGCUCUGUUGCUUUGGGAGAGAAGGUGACUGAAGAUUACUUGCUGGCCAGAGACACUGUUAUCACCAUCACCAAUAUUACUGACCACAUAAGGCAAUCUAAAGGAGCUGCGUUCAGGCUACCGAUGGACCACCAUCUCUUCAGCUGUCUGACCCAGGCUGUUGCUGAUGGAGUGAUAUUGGCCGAGCCCCACUGGCAGACUUUCAUGGAGCAGGCCGUCCGCCUCAUCUACUUCCUUGCCGAGUCACCCGAUCAGCUAUGUGCUCGCCUCCUCCAACGCUCGGCUCACCUCCUGCUGGAGCAGAUUACAGAGAGUGGGGAGCAGUCACAAAUGUCAGAAGGCUCCCAGGACUCCCAGGAGCCAAAAGUAAACUGUGUGAGUCUGGCACAGCUGCUCUCUCUGUGUGGAUUCGUGGCCUUCUGGCAGGUGUCUCACCUGGAGAGAAGUGUGAGUGCUGAGCUCCGGCGGCGGAGGGGAGAGAAGGAGGAGAAAGAGGAGAAGGAGAAAGGGCCUGUCAACAAGAACAAGGAAGCCAAUGACAGCUGUGUGGAGGAAGAGCUUGGCUUGACUGGUGCCUCAGCAGAGGACACAGAGGCAGAAUUCAUACGUAAAAUCUGUGAAACGGAACUUUUAGCCGAAGGGAACAUGCUCAGUGUGUUUCUGCCUUUGCUGGUGAAGGUGUGCAGCUCACCAGGCCGAUAUUCUCAUACCCAACUCACCACUGCUGCCUGCCUCGCCCUCUCCCAGUUCAUGAUGAUCAGUCCAGCAGUGUGUAAGGAUAAUAUCCGUUUACUCUUCACGGUGUUGGAGAAAUCUCCUCUCCCAGUCGUCAGAGCAAAUGCUAUCAUUGCCCUUGGAGACCUGACUGUUCGCUUCCCCAACAUUCUGGAACCCUGGACCCCCAACCUGUACGCCAGGCUGUGUGACGAAAAUGUGUCAGUGCGCCUGACGGCCAUCACGGUUCUGACCCAACUGGUGCUAAAGGAUGUGAUGAAGGUCAAAGGUCAGGUCAGCGAGGUUGCUGCACUGCUGCUUGACCCUGAGCCACAUAUUGCAAAUCUUGCAGUCAACUUCUUCAAUGAACUCUCUGCAAAGGAUAAUGCUAUCUAUAAUCUACUGCCAGACAUUAUAAGCAGACUGUCAGAUCCAGAGAGGGGGAUGAAAGAGGAGGACUUCAGCACUAUUAUGAAGCAGCUCUUUUCCUACAUAACGAAGGAGAGGCAGACAGAGAGUUUGGUGGAGAAGCUCUGUCAGCGUUUCAGAACAGCAAAGACUGAGCGACAGUGGGCAGAUCUGGCUGUAUCUCUGUCACUGCUCUCCAUGUGUGAGCGAGGCUUUAAGAAGCUGCAGGAAUGCUGGGAGUGUUAUAGUGAUAAACUUACAGAGGAUGCAGUUUACCAACCUCUGCUCUCCAUCUUGGCCAAACUCCGCCGCAGAGCAAAGCCCCAGUUUAAGGCUCAGGUAGAGGAGUUUGAGAAGAAGUUAACAGCAGUGCAUACAAAAGGUCUGGAAAAUGUGGAAAAUGAGGAGAGAGAGCAGCAGCUAGAGCAGCAGAAAAACACCCCUGUGCCCAAGAACGCUCGCAGACCAACACGAGGUCGUGGGAAGUCUAGGAUGGAUGACAGUGACUUGGUGACCCCCAAAACCUCCCGUGCUCGCCCCAAAACAAUUAUCACCUUUAGCAGUGACGAAGGAGAGGAGGAAGAAGAUGCUGUGAUGGCAGAGAGUGAAACUCCAAAAGUCACCACACCCAUCGCACGUACCACACGCACUCGUCUACGCCACUAGCCCUCCUUUUCUUCCUAUCACCUGAGUCUCUGCCAACCUUCCCCCUGUUUUAAUCUUUUUAUUUGUUUAUUCUUUCCAUUCGGAAUGCACUUUUUUCAUGAUUUUUCUUUUUUUCAAUAUUAUACGUUUUUAUCCAUGCUUUUAUAAAAUUUUUCUAUCCAGUUUAAAACAGUAAUUUUGUAACAUAUCUGUGCUAGGCUGCAUCAUUAUUACAUAAUUUGGAAUAAUGAUCUUAAUAAAAAUAGCCUAAAAAGUA